GUGUGUGUGUGAGCAUGUAUAGUUUCAGGUUGUCUGUUCACAAUUAAUGUAAUUCUUGUCAAAAAGCAAGCAAGUUAGACCAGCGGCACACAGACAGUUAAGUUGUGACGCAGUUGUUAAUAGACUGUCUUGGUGUGUUCACAGGCAAUAAAAGCAUCUGAAAUACUGAAUAGCAACUGUCAUCCUUCCGUGUGUAACACUGUAAUACCCAUUUUGGCCACAAGAGGCUGACGUGAACCAUUCCAGGCGAAAUAUUCAGACGAGAUGAUAUGAGUAUGACAACAACAAACAAACAAACAAAGAUAUUCUGCCUCGCCUGCAGUGGCUCCAGAGUUCCUCGUCGCUCUGUCGGACGUGGUGUGUGCGUUCGGGGAGACCGUGGUCCUCUGCUGUAAAGUGUGUGGACGACCCAAACCCUCCGUCACCCUGAAGGGCCCCGACCAGAACCCCGUGACCAGCAACAACCGCUUCACCAUCGACAUCAGGGACACAGGCGACAUCUUGUUGAAGAUCUGCAAUCUGAUGCCUCAGGACACCGGCAUCUACACCUGCGUAGCCGUUAACGACCACGGCUCCGCCUCCUCCUCCGCCUCCAUUAAAGUUCAAGUGUGUGUGUGUGUGUGUGUGUGUGAGAGAGAGAGAGAGAGAGAGUGAUCGCCCCCCCCCCCUCUCAUCUCCUGCAGGUAUCCCAGCAUCCCCUGGGAGGCCGGUGGCCCAGGAGGGCAGCAGCACGGCGGUGAUGAUCCACUGGUCGCCUCCGGCUUCAUCCGCUCACUGUGCCGUCAGCAGCUACACUGUGGAGUACCGACAGGAAGACUCUGGGUACGAUGGAACUGGGAUCCAGUGGAAAGAGAACUUUGAGUCCACCUUCUCCGAGAUCUGUGAGAUUGGAAGGGGGCGGUUUUCAGUGGUGAGAAAAUGUCUCAACAAGUCUACAAAGAAAGAGGUUGCGGUGAAGUUUGUGAGUAAGAAGAUGCAGAAGAAGGAGCAGGUGGCUCAUGAGGCGGACGUCCUCCAACACGUACAGCAUCACCAGCUGGUGGCGCUGUUGGACACCUACGAGUCUCCCACCUCUCUAAUGCUGAUCCUGGAGCAGCUGGAGGAUGGUCGUUUACUCGAUUACCUCGUCGCCCACGAUGAGCUGAUGGAGGAGAAGGUGGCGUUCUUCAUCAGAGAGACACUCGAGGCCCUGCAGCACCUUCAUACCUGCAGAGUGGUUCACCUGGAUCUGAAGCCUGAGAACAUCAUGGUGGACCUCCACUCUCCCACCCCGGGCAUCAAGCUCAUCGACCUCGGCGACGCCGUGCAGCUGUCCGCCCACCGCCGGUACGUCCACCUCCUGCUCGGGAACCCGGAGUUCGCCGCGCCCGAGCUCAUCCGCGGGACGCCGGUCUCCGUCGCCACGGACGUGUGGAGCGUCGGCGUGCUGGCCUACGUGGCGCUCAGCGGCGUGUCCCCGUUCCUGGACGAGUCGCCGGAGGAGACCUGCGUCAACAUCUGCCGCCUGGACUUCUGCUUCCCGGACGAGUACUUCCGCGACGUGAGCCAGGCGGCGAGGGACUUCGUGUCCUCGGCGCUGCAGCAGGAUCCCAGGAAGAGGCCGAGCGCUACUUCCUGCCUGCAGCACCCGUGGGUGGGCCGCGGGGGUGCGCACGGCGGGGAGUACUCCAAGACGCCGCUGGACACGACGCGAUUGGCCACAUUUAUUGACCGACGGAGACAGCUGCAUGACGUGCGGCCCGUCACUAACAUCAAAGGGCUGGUGAGCAGCAGCUUGGGCAACACGCUGUGACGGACAGGAGCUCCGAGUGUCACCCACAACAACACUGCUGUGUAUUAUAAGCAUUUAAUGAUCUUUAGUAUUUAUUAAUGUGUGAGUGGGGAAGGGAUCUACGUCUUCAUAAAGGACCACGAGGCCACUCUGUCGACCACUAAACUUAAAAGCAGAAGAAAUAAUUAAAAUUCAUGAUUGUUUGAUAUUUAAUUGCAGACUAACACAUUCAUUUGAUCUUUUGUUCCCCCGGUAACAACCAUUAGACGUGAAGCAGGGCCCCAUAAGCAGCCUAGAACCCCCAUGAGAACCCAAAGAACCUCAAAGUUGAGGAAAUUAGCAUUUAGAAAAACACACUGUGAGCGGGCUUAAUGUCAACAUAUUAGUUUAUAUUUGUAAUGUUUAUUUUUUCAGGGACAGAUGUUAUAUUGGAGGCAGGAGACCAUUGUGUUAAAGGGGGGGUAGUUUAAUUCGGCCUGUUGCUCAGGGGCUCUGGGGCAACUGUCCCACGCUCUGCUAACAUGUUGUAGCCAACGCGUCUGAACAUAUUUUAAAAAAAAAGCUUUUCGUGACACUUUGAGCCCACAGGAGUACAAAAAUGGUAAAAUCGCUAAAAGCAAAACCGCCAACGAUGUCUUCGAUCUGAUUUUGUGUCACGAGAAACUCCCACGGAGGAUUUAAAGCUGCAGUGUGCAGGUCAUGGCGCCAUCUAGAGGCGAGGUCGCAGAUUGUAACCAACUGAAAGCGGGCGUGUCGGAGAACUACCGUGGCAUGCUAAAGUUUGGUUUGGCCUUUCUGGGCUUCCGUAGGAAAAAACACAGCGGACUUAGUGGUCUUUUAUGCAGAUAUAUAUAUUUUUAAAAAAAGGCUUUUUCUCUGGUAACAAAUGCAUAACAAUUGGUAGUUUCAGGUGAUUAUACACAAGAGUAAACAUACUUAUAUCUAUAUUCUAUUUCUGCAAACGGAUAAACAUAAAUGCAACAAAAUGUUCCUUUUUAAUGAGUCUAAACUGGUUGAAAAGGAAUCUGAUGGAGUUGGUAAAUGGCGGCUUAGUUGGGGUUCUUUUCCUGAGGUCGAUGUUUCGCUAAAGAUCGCUUUGACUUUUUUUUUUUUUUGUUGAGAAAACUUCACGAAUGAAAUCCGGGUGCAACGAGCAGGUUUUCCCCUCGAUGGCGUGGAUGUUACUCGUAUCGAUGCUCAUGAAUGUUCUUACGGUCCACAUCUCCGCUAACGUUCAUUCUACGUUCUCCUCGUUUGUCCAAGUCUCUCGUGGGAAAUCCUCUCAACAAAAGUAAUUAUUUAAUAAAGAUUUAAGCAUAACGGAACCCCCCCUCCCCCCCGCAUGUUAACAACAGUGGCUGAUUUUAAACCACCAACACUGGAAAGCUCCUUGGAAAAGACUGGUACGCAACAGCGUCGAACCUCGCUGCGAUAUACGUUUUUUAAAAUGUAUUUAUUAUCAUAUGUUUAUUUAUUUCAGGACUUGUGUUGGGUUUGAAAUGUUCGCCGUUUGCCCCGGAGCGACCCGGCCUACCCGCUGAAGUCGCUAAACAGCUGCUGGACUGUGCAGCGGCGGAGUUUACGCCGUGAAUAGUGUUGUGAGUUUACAUCCAAGUCACCGACGGAUAGAAAGCUGAACUGUUGCCGUCAUGAACCACAACGAACUGCAGUUGAGUGGGAAAAGACACAAAGAAAUCACGGAUUAACCUCGGAGAGCAAGACGAUGGACUACACGGGAACACUACAAUUUGAUUGUUUCA